AACUCCUGUCCCGUGUUAUUACACAGCAGUAUUUGGGGUGGCGCGCCUGUCGCCCGACUGUUCGCUGGUCGGAGGCUUCAGCUCAGAGAUGGCAAGAGAACCGUAGCUGACUGUGGGGCCUAUUAGGUUGGGUAUCUCACCGACAACGGUAACGUUAGAGAGCCGCAGAUACACACGGUGGAGAGGAGCGGGACGACGGGAAAAGAGGAACCAUGGGACACGGAGUAGACUGAACCAGAAGGUCUAGCAACAAACACCAAUUGUUUCCCACUGUGGUGUAUGACAUGGCCACGGCCUCAUCCAGAACAGAGUCUAGCCAUAAUCACAGAGGAACAUCACAGCUUCAUGCCAUUGUUUCCUGUGCCAAAAUCAAGAGGAAGAAAAGCCUCUUUGGGGCUGCCAUUUAUGUGGAGGUGACAGCAGAGGGGGAGUCGCGCCGUACAGCGAAGUCUCACAGCUCCUCCAGUCCUAAAUGGGAUGAGAGGCUCACUCUGAGUGUAACACCACACACACAGGUGGAUUUCAAAGUAUGGAGUCACCACACCCUGAAAGCAGAUGCUCUGCUGGGCAAAGCCACACUGGACCUAAUGCAAGCACUGGAGCAGCAUGAAAGAAAAUUGGAGAAUGUGAAGGAGGUGCUGAAGCUGAGUGUGGAGCAGAAGGGAGUACCGGUGAACAUGGGGGAGCUGACCGUCUUCCUUGAUGGACUAACGGUCACUGACGAAGAGGACACGGCUCAGCUUACCAACGGCAAUGCUGCAAAUGGCACCAAAGUUCAGCAGAAUGGUGAUGCCAUUCAUGAAAAUGGAGAGUCAUCACCUGCUUCAUCAAGGGCUGCCAACAGCACAGUGAAUGGUACAGACUUGGGCCCAAGGUCAGAUUCCUGUUCAGCCUCCAAUGGUAUAGAUGGUCAGGUGCCUUCCAGCUCCUGCAGCCCUGCCCUCGAUCAUGUCGUCAACGGAGACACCACACCCAACUCCACCCCAGUCCACCAAACCUCCGACAGUGACACAGAGAGUAGGAAAGUCAACGGGGAGUCCUGUGAUGUUUCUCUAGGGCCAUCAUCUUCUACAACAGGUGAUGUGCUGUCCGCUGCAGAUGACCAUGACGACUGCAGUCAAGAUGCUGCCCUGCCCGACACUGUCACGGCACCAAAUAGCACAUCUCCACCCCCGCCGCCCUCCACACAGGCUCCAGCCUCUUCUACUGCUGCUAAACCUCCUGAUGCCUCUGCCACUUCUGCUGCUGCUUCCUCCACACCCACCACCUCAGCCCAGGGGGCUACCACCAUCACAACCACCUCAUCAUCGUCCUCUUCCUCCCCAGCACUGGGAGAAGCAACUGCUUCAGGUGCUGGUGGUGGCAGCAGUAGUAGCAGUGCAACUGCUACUCCAGAUGGGGCCAAGCCCAGGCAGCAGGCCCCUAAUGCUGGUUCCUCAGAUCCUCUACCACCAGGUUGGGAGCAGAGGAAAGAUCCGCAUGGAAGAACGUACUAUGUAGACCACAACACCAGGACUACAACCUGGGAGAGACCACAGCCACUACCACCAGGUUGGGAACGUCGAGUGGACGACCGGGGGAGGAUCUAUUAUGUUGACCACAACACCCGCACCACCACGUGGCAACGUCCAACUAUGGAGUCAGUCCGCAACUUUGAGCAGUGGCAGAGCCAGCGCAGCCAACUGCAGGGAGCUAUGCACCAGUUUAACCAGAGAUACCUCUACUCUGCAUCCAUGAUGUCUGCUGAGAAUGAUCCUCUUGGCCCACUACCUCCUGGUUGGGAGAGACGUGUGGACUCCAAUGACCGAGUGUACUUUGUCAACCACAACACCAAGACAACCCAGUGGGAAGACCCUCGAACCCAAGGGCUACAGAAUGAGGACCCUCUGCCUGAAGGGUGGGAGAUCCGAUACACAAGGGAAGGUGUGCGCUACUUUGUGGAUCACAACACUCGAACCACCACUUUCAGUGACCCGCGCACUGGAAAAUCCUCUGUCACCAAAGGCCCCCAGAUUGCUUAUGAGCGCAGCUUUCGAUGGAAGCUAGCCCAUUUUCGCUACUUGUGCCAGUCCAAUGCUCUCCCAAGUCAUGUGAAGAUCACCGUCUCCAGACAGACAUUGUUCGAAGACUCUUUCCAGCAAAUUAUGGCACUCAAGCCUUACGACUUGAGGAGGAGACUGUACGUCAUCUUCAGAGGCGAGGAGGGUCUCGAUUAUGGCGGUUUGGCUAGAGAGUGGUUCUUCUUGUUGUCCCACGAAGUGUUGAACCCCAUGUACUGUCUGUUUGAGUACGCUGGCAAGAGCAACUACUGUCUGCAGAUCAACCCGGCCUCGGCCAUCAACCCUGACCACCUUUCGUACUUUUGCUUCAUAGGUCGCUUCAUUGCAAUGGCACUUUUCCAUGGAAAGUUCAUUGACACAGGCUUUUCCUUGCCGUUCUACAAACGCAUGCUGAACAAGAAGCUCAUCCUCAAAGAUCUUGAGUCUAUUGACCCAGAGUUUUACAACUCGCUUAUAUGGAUCAGGGACAACAACAUUGAAGAGUGUGGCCUAGAGAUGUAUUUCUCAGUGGACAUGGAGAUCCUGGGAAAGAUCACCUCCCACGACCUCAAACCUGAUGGCACUAAUGUCCUCGUCACCGAGGAGAACAAGGAGGAAUAUAUCAGUCUGAUGGCAGAGUGGAGGUUCUCUCGUGGGGUUGAAGGUCAGACCAAAGCUUUUCUGGAUGGGUUCAAUGAGGUGGUUCCACUGCAGUGGCUCCAGUACUUUGAUGAAAAGGAGCUGGAGGUGAUGCUGUGUGGCAUGCAGGAGGUAGACCUUCAGGACUGGCAGAGGAACACAGUGUAUCGUCACUACACGAGGAACAGCAAACAGAUCAUCUGGUUCUGGCAGCUGGUGAAAGAAGUAGACAACGAGGUGCGGCUGCGGCUCAUGCAGUUUGUCACUGGAACCUGCAGACUUCCCCUGGGGGGCUUCGCUGAACUCAUGGGAAGUAACGGGCCACAGAAGUUCUGCAUUGAGAAGGUGGGGAAGGACACGUGGCUUCCUCGGAGCCACACGUGUUUUAACCGUCUGGACUUGCCUCCCUACAAAAGCUUUGAUCAGCUGAAAGAGAAGCUGCUCUUUGCCAUCGAGGAAACAGAAGGAUUUGGCCAAGAAUAGAGGGCGGAGCCUCUGUGUUUUACCCUCCCCUGUCUCCCCAUCGCAGUUUAUCCAUUCAAGUAAAAACAAACUCGGAAAAAAAACAAAACAUAUUGCACAAGAAAACCACCAAUGUAUAUAAGCUAUUUUCUCAUUUUAAACCAAAA